UACCCCACAGCUUUCUUCAAUAACAUCAUGAGUAGAAUACCCCACAGCCUUCUCCAUGCUGCAUAGUGGGAACCAAACAUGGCUGCAAAUAGUGGAGUUUUUGGUAUUUUUUUGAUUGAUUGGCCAUCAUUUCUGAAGCAGACCGAGUGAGGAGGCUAUAGAGAGCGCUGAGACAAGAGAACAUGGUGAGGCACCAACUCCCUUCUUCACCUCCUACGUUCCUACAUUCAAUGGCAAUGCUGCUAUCACUCUACACGUCUACUGUGGCCGCUCAAGUUCUGGAUCCGGAGUUUUUUACAACACGGCCAACAAAGAAGAAGACAGAGCCUGUUACAUCAGAAACUGUUGUGUUUUGGGGUCUGCGUUUGUGGCAAGUCAUUGGUGUCUUUUCAAUAUUCGUACUUUCAAUCAUAAUAACACUGUGCUGCAUCUUCAAGUGUCGAAUACCGAGGACCAAAAAGGAGAUUGAGGCCCGGCAGGCCAAGCGACAGGCAGCAAAAAAGUAUGCCAACACUCUAGAAUCCGUGCCACCUCUCAGCGAAGUCACUGAGACUCCAGGGGGUACAGUGGACAGUAUCCCACUGCAGACAGUCUCUGGAGAUGUGCAGGCCCGCAGCAGCAACCAGCUCCCUGUGGUUAGGGAGGAAGAAGAAGGCAUUCCCACCAGCUAAGUAGAAGCACAAAGCCCUGUCCUCUGCUGCCCUCUGUAGUAACCCUCAUGGAGUCUUUUAAGAAGGGCUGUCUUUACACAUAAGCAUAAAUAGUCAUGAUAAUAUGCUGACAAACUACUAUUUAUAUAAAGCAGUAUCUUAUAUUUUACAUCUGUGAAUAAAAUAGGUGCACAAAAAAUGGGGAGAAAAAUGGGGAUUAUACUACCGAAUUUAGAUUAAAGUGUUAAAUUGUGAUACAUUGUACUCUAUGUAUUUGCUUGUACGGCUUGUAUUUUCUUCGUUUUAUUUUUUAAAUAAAACUGUUUGUUCUCCCA